UUCCCACUUUCUCCUUUUUUUCAGGAAUGAGCUACCAUUCACCAACUGUGUCUGUUGCACAAUGGAUGUCCGCUCUGUCUGCCUAAUUGCCCAAACCAAAACAAACUGUAACAGAUCUAGUCUAUUCAGAGGAUAGCAAUAGGCCCUCACUCCACCCUCUCCCUUAACGUUACACGUCAGUGUAGAGCAGUGCAGAUUCUCUCUCUGGUGUCUGGGUUGCUUUGAUUUGCUGGUUUAGCGAAGGGGUGAAGGUAGGUCUGAGGCAGAAAACAGAAUUAGAAACUCUAGUACCUCAAUUUUCUGGGGAUUAAAAUAUCCAGUGUGCUGCUGCUUCUUAAUUUAUUUAUACAUAUUUGGUUCUCUUACCUGUAAGAUUGUGAAUCCCCCCCCCCCCCCCCCCAAAAAUAACUUGAAAACCAUCUACACACAAUGGUGUCGACAACUCUGGCCACAGUAACGAUUUUGACCACCCUUGCCGCUCAAGUGGCUCUGACAGAUUAUCUAUGGCUCCUAAUUGUAGGUUUCAUAAUAGCAUUUAUUCUGGCCUUUUCGGUGGGUGCUAAUGACGUUGCCAACUCGUUUGGUACGGCAGUGGGAUCAGGUGUAGUUACGUUAAGGCAGGCCUGUAUUCUUGCUACUGUCUUUGAGACACUGGGCUCUGUGCUGCUUGGUGCCAAGGUCAGCGAAACUAUCCGCAAUGGCAUAAUCGAUGUGACUAUGUACAACGGCACAGAGCAUGUGUUGAUGGCUGGAUCAGUCAGCGCUAUGUUUGGCUCUGCUGUUUGGCAGUUAUUUGCUUCUUUUCUGAAGCUUCCUAUUUCUGGGACCCAUUGCAUUGUGGGAGCUACCAUUGGCUUUUCACUGGUCGCCAAAGGUCAGCAGGGCGUCAAAUGGAUGGAGCUUCUUAGAAUUGUUGCAUCCUGGUUCCUCUCACCUAUCCUCUCUGGCAUUAUGUCUGCCAUUCUUUUCUACUUUGUUCGCAUGUUCAUCCUGAAAAAGAAAGAUCCAGUGCCCAAUGGUCUGAGGGCCCUGCCUUUCUUUUAUGCUGUUACGAUGGGAAUCAACCUGUUCUCCAUUAUGUUUACUGGAGCACCGAUGCUGGGCUUUGAUAAGCUGCCCUGGUGGGGAGUUCUGCUCAUUUCCAUCGGCUUGGCCCUGAUCAUAGGUAUCAUCGUUUGGUUUGUUGUCUGCCCACGGCUCAAGAAGAAGAUCGAAUGUAAACUAAAGUCUUCGAGUCCCACCGAGAGUCCUCUGAUGGAGAAGAGGGAGCUGCAUGAAGUUCACAGUCCCAUCCUGAAACCUGUCCCUGAGGAGUCCAGUGCCAUGCCCUCUAUCACCCCCUUGGCCCCUCCUCUUUCUGAGGAGCGCAGGGUCACCUUUGACAUUGGCGAUUCUGAUGACGCUGAUCAGAAGGACUGCAGAGAGUCAGAGAUGGACAGUGCAGCUCCAAAGAAUGCCCAUGUUCAUUUCACCAAUGGCCCCGCUCACAUUCCUAGCAAUGGUUACUCUCAGUACCACACAGUUCACAAGGAUUCUGGCCUCUACAAGGACCUGCUGCACAAACUUCAUCUGGCAAAAGUGGGAGACUGCAUGGGGGAGGGUGCCGACCGGCCCAUUCGCCGCAACAACAGCUACACUUCCUACACCAUGGCCAUCAUCGGCAUGCAUGGAGACUACAAGCCCAAAGAAUCUGAAUUCCGUGCUUCUGAAGAUGGAGACAAGGAAAAAGCCAAUGCUCAGGAGAGGAAGCGCAUCCGCAUGGACAGCUACACGAGUUACUGCAACGCGGUGGCAGAGAAUGGUGCACCUGAAGGUCUCUGUGAUAGUGAGGUUGCUUUGGAGAUUGCCAAUGAUGAUGCUGGUAGCAGCCAUAGUUCUUUGGAGGAGGAUAGAUCCGAUGCUGACAGACCUGAAGUGUCAAUGCUCUUCCAGUUCCUGCAAAUUCUCACCGCCUGUUUUGGUUCCUUUGCUCACGGAGGAAAUGAUGUUAGUAACGCAAUUGGUCCCCUGGUUGCCCUUUGGCUGGUCUAUGAGAGUGGGUCCGUUAUAUCACAUGGACCAACUCCAAUCUGGUUGCUACUGUAUGGAGGAGUGGGCAUCUGUGUCGGUUUGUGGGUCUGGGGCCGUAGAGUCAUCCAAACCAUGGGCAAGGACCUGACCCCCAUCACCCCGUCUAGUGGUUUCAGCAUCGAGCUCGCCUCAGCUGUCACUGUUGUGGUUGCUUCCAACAUUGGUCUUCCAGUUUCCACCACUCACUGCAAGGUCGGGUCAGUGGUGGCUGUCGGUUGGAUGCGCUCCAGGAAGGCUGUGGACUGGCGACUGUUCAGAAACAUCUUCUUGGCCUGGUUUGUCACUGUGCCCAUAUCUGGCCUUAUCAGCGCGGCCAUCAUGGCCCUGUUCAUCUACGUCAUUCUGUGAGGCCUUGAAAGUCCACUCUGCCUCCCUCUCUGCUCACGAGGAGCCCCCACCCUGCAUCCAGGAUCCCUAGAGAGAGGUGGAGGGCAUAUGUCAACCUUCUCUGUCUCUCUCUACCUUCCCCCCUCCAUCAUUCUCGUGAUGAGUGGGGAUGAAAAAGGCCCCUUUCGAUAGAGCCUGUGAUUCUUGGCUGCAUUAUUUUUUAGCCUGUAUUGAUGAUUUGUGUGCAUUGCACCAGGUCACAUACCAUAGGCCACAGAAGAAAAAAUCUUCAAAACUAAAAUGGUUGCCAUUUAAAUUCCCUCUUGUACAUAUGUCAAAUCACCUUGUUUUUAUUUAAUUAUGUACAGAACUAAAGUUUUUUUUUUUUGUUAUUAAGGUAAAUGAACAAUUACAAUGCAGUAUUAGCCUUCAUUUAACACGUAUUUUUCAUUACUUUCAAAAUUUGAGUUCCUUAGAGAAGCUGUGUUUUGGUGCGAAGAAUCGGGGGAAGAGGAAUUGAGUUGCAUUUUCCUUCUCUUAUGUAUUCAGUAUGUUAAUUUUCCACUUUUUCUCAAACAGGCCUGACUAAACUCAAAUAGAGCCUUAUGACAGCCACAUUUUUAGCAGAGUCUUGUGAGGGUUGAUUAGCAAAGUAAAUUGGUUGCUCACAUCAUGUUCCUUAAUACAA